AUGAAACGCACCCAGCAGCUGCUCGCCGCUGUGGCCCUCGCUGCCGUUGCUGCCGCUUCCCCAGCUCCCCAGCAGCUCGACUUCGCCCAGAUCAACGCUGCUCCAGCUCUGCCCAGUGGUCCCUCGUUGAUCGACUCCGAUGCCGACGGCGCUCAAACCGCAACCCUGGCCACCAGCAUCACCAUCACCGGUGUCGCCACCGCUUCCGUCGCGGCCACGGGCAACGCCAACAAGCGUGGCAUCCCCGACACCACCUACACUCCCUACUACCCAGCUCUGGCAACGGGCUACACCACCGACCCAGCCCUCUCUGCCACCAGCACUACCACCGCUGGCCAACCUUGCGUCACCCAGCCUGAGGCCGGCACUUACUGCGGCUUCAUCAACCCUGAGGAUCCCUGUGCGCCUCAGCCAGACGGAUAUGGUCCUGUGCCGUAAGAACAAACCAAGUCCAACGCUACUUACCCCCCUUGGACCAUUCACUGACAUCAACCCAGAACUCCCGACACGGCUUCCGCAUUCCUCUCUUACUCGCCUCUACACUCGUCCGCCCGGGCUGCCGCAACUACCAUUCCCUCCGUCAACAACACGCAGUACACCCAGGUCUUCGAGGACCUCAACGCUCAAGUCGCCGCCCAGUCUUACCUCGGUCUCUACACCCUCCAGUCUUACAAUGUCUCCCAGUGCGCUGCCGAGUGCGACGCUACCGACCUCUGCACCGCCUUCAACAUUUUCUUCGAGCGUGACCCAUCCCUGAACCCAUCCAACAACGACUCCUCCGCCCCGACCGUCUGGGGCGACUCCUGCCCAAACGUAAGCUCACCACUGCAUAAUCUUCUUUGGCGUGUGAUGACUGACAUUGCUUCCAGCCACCGUCCAUGACCAGCAUCAAGUGCACUCUCUUCGGCUCCAACAUCGAUGCAUCCAUGGCGACCAACGGCGGUCAGAUGCGCGAACAGUUCCAAGUCGUCAUCACGGGCAGUGACGGUUACGACAAGACCAACAUCACCACUCCGCCAGCCUGCACCGCUCCAGUCCAGUCCAGCACCUCCACCAAGAGCUCCUCUACCGCGCCUACCCAAACCUCUUCUCCGGGAACCUCGCGCAACCCUCAGUACCCAUGGUACAAGCCGGAGAACUGCCACGGCAAGGCCAUCAACGCACCCUGGUACAGCAUGGGCAGCCGCUUCUUCCCCGGCCCCUUCAACCCACAGGCCUGCGGUGACUAUGCCUACUUCCAGAAUGUUGCGAACAAGCAGGCUGGCAAGGGCUCGUGCCAGAUGUUCAACGCUUUCUACUUGCACAAGAACAACAAGCCAUACGGAACCUACUGCUCGCUGUACAGCGCUUACUUGGACCCACUCUGGGCGACCAACUCUGGUUCCAGCUCUGGCAACGACCGGUACGACUGCAAGCAGAGCUGGACUUAUACUUUUAUUUGA